AAGGAUCAUAAAGUCAUCAUAAAUCUGUGUAGCUAUCCGCCGACAUGGCUCGACCACGGCCGCGGGAAUACAAGGCAGGAGAUUUGGUUUUCGCUAAAAUGAAGGGGUACCCGCACUGGCCGGCGAGGAUUGAUGAGCUUCCUGAAGGAGCUGUCAAACCACCUGCCAACAAGUACCCCAUCUUCUUCUUUGGGACCCAUGAAACUGCAUUCUUGGGGCCAAAGGAUCUUCUGCCCUAUAAGGAGUAUAAAGAUAAAUUUGGCAAGUCCAACAAGAGGAAAGGUUUCAACGAAGGCCUGUGGGAGAUUGAGAACAACCCAGGAGUCAAGUUCACAGGCUAUCAGGCCAUCCAGCAACAGAGCUCAUCAGAGACAGAAGAGGGGGGAAACACUGCUGAUGGGAGCAGCGAGGGUGAAGAGGGAGACUCUGUUGAGGAAGAUGACAAGGAAAAGCUGAAGGGAGACAAGACUGGAUCCAAACGGAAAAAGACAGCCACCUCCAAGAAAUCCUCAAAGCUGUCGAGGAUCUCGUCUGGAGAGGAUGACCUGGAGAAGGAUGGAAAAGAUGACGACCAGAAGAGCGGCUCAGAGGAAGGAGAUGCUGACAACGACAUUAUCCAAAAUACCACCGACAGUAAGAACCAGCUGCUCAUAGAAGAACAUUAA